GUGGUGGUGGUGUUGUUGUUGUUUGUCUGAUUGUGUUUUUUUUACGAGCACGGGGCAACUGGAUAUCGGCACGGCCUGCCUCUGCGCCAGCCACGGGCUGCACCCCGCCACCGAGGUCAAUCGGAGGAGGCCGUUUACCGUACGUGCUGCUCUCCCGUGUCUUCCUCUAUACCAUGAGCUCUGGCUCUGCCCAGGAUGUGGCAGUCGAGCAUUUCCUGCGUGACAUAGAGAGGCGCAGCAAGCGGCUGCACUGCGCUGUGAUAGGCUGCGAGGAGGAGCGACCCCGCAGCGACAUGAAUCUGCUGUACCGCAAGAGCCGUUUGGACUGGAGGCAGAGGGACCAAGAGGGAAGUAAAAAGAGAGGGACAAAAAUAAAGGAUAACAACAAGUAUCUGGAUUCUCUGGUGGCAAUGGAAAAAAGCUCGAAUCAGAACGACUCCUCAGCCACUGUUGGCAAAGUUAGAGACUUAGCUUCUUUCCGCAGGCACUUCCGGAUGGGUUUCAUGACCAUGCCGGCCUCCCAGGACCUGUCUCCUCACUCUUGUGCCUCCGCCAUGGCGCCGCGCUCGCAGUCCUGCCACGCUGUAGGUGCUGGGGAUACAAGUCUGGAAAAUGGAGAUUACCCCGACGCCCAAUCCCAACACUGUGGCCGCUGCCCGCCGACCAAACCCAAGCGUCACCCCAGCACUCGCCUCAGUUCUUCUGACGGCAGAGGACUCCUUGACAUGCCGCCGCUUCUCGCGUCCUCUCACUCACAGACCAAACACUCGGAGAAGAAAAACGCCAUGAAGAAGUCGGACUCCGGAGAGAUCGGAGGAAAGAAGGUGCCUCCUUUGAAGCCCAAGAGGAGUCCCAGCACCCAGCUUACAUUUGAGUCCCUCCCUCCACGCGUGCCUCAUUCUGCCACACCCUUGCCUUUCCAGGCAGCAGACUCUCAGAUUCAGAAAAGGGACGGGGAGGACGAGCCGGUCUAUAUAGAGAUGGUGGGCCAAGUGUUCACUAGAGAGAGCCAGACAGCCACCCCCCACCCUGUCACACCGGUGGCUACCACGCCCGACUCUGACUCAGACCAGAGUGAAGCCAUCUAUGAGGAGAUGAAAUACCCACAGCAAGAGAACAGAGAGUCCCAGAGACACCUCCCUCACAAACAUGAGAAACUGAAAACCUCCAAACACUUCCAUGUCACCCCCUCCUCCUCGAGCAGCUCCUCCUCUCUGCCGCGCCCCUCCUCUUCCUCUCCUUCCUACUCCAAAUCCAAAGCCACCGUGUCAAUAUCCCAUUCGUCUCCUCUGCCUUCAUCUGCGUCCUCUACCCCCGUUCUCCAGGUCCUCUCCACCAGUCCGCACACUCCACGAGCUCCUACUCCAUACCUGCUGCAAGGGACUAAAUCCGAGUCCGAGUCCAACACCAAGAUCCCGGCCCCUUUCCCCAAUCUUCUACAACACCGGCCCCCGCUGCUCGCCUUCCCACAGCCGGCAGCCGCCUCCAGCGGGGUCGGGGUGCAAAACAAGUCUGCGUCUGCUAAAAUGGGAACUCAGACAUCGAGCGUGACAACUCAAGCCAGCACCUCCUCCUCAACUUGUUCCAACGUUCCCUCGUCGCUGUCGGGCUCCAAGGAGUCAGGAGGAAGUUCGUCCCAGCAGGACAAAAACAGCAGGGACGCCCAGUGGGGCCCCGCUCCCGGACUGAGGGCCAGGAGCCACUCCACACCUUUGCCGCCUUCCUCCAAAUCCACCUCCCCUUUCUCCCAUCACCACCACCACCACCCGCACCACCGGCCCUCGCACUACCACCACUAUCGCAAGCCAGAGAGAGGGGACUCUCCCGCUCCCCUCAAGAGCAGUUCUCAGAACCAGGCUACCGUCCAGACCCAAACCUCAAGUACAGGCAGGGAGGGCAAGUCUGUGAGCUUCCUCUUGAAGUCCGACAAAGGAGAGAGGGAUAAGGACAGAGACAAGGACAGGGACAGGGACAGGGACCGAGACAAAGAUAGGGACCGCGACCGGGACCGGGACAGAGAUAGGGAUAGGGGUAGAGACAGGGACAGGGAGAAAGACAGGGACAGAGAUAGGGACAAGGACAGGGAAAGGGACAGAGAAAGGGAUCGGGACAGGGACGGAGGGCCGUACUCCUUACAGUUGGAUCACACCCCCUCCACGUCCAAAAGCAGCACCAGCUCUACCCCUACGCCAUUAUCCUCGUCCCAGCGUCCUCACUCGCGCCCCCACCUCCGCUCUCACACUCCUCACGGCCUGCCGGCGUACAAGCCGCCCUCCUCUGACAGCCCCCUGUUGUGGACCUACCCCUCCGGGGGCUUCCGGAGGCCUCCGGCUUACGAGAGCCUGCGGGGAAGCUCUCAGACGCCGUCCCUGCAACAGCCUUCAAGUCUUACUGGGGUAGGCGAGGGUUCAAUCAAGAGCAACGGAGGGUCUUCGUCCCUCCAUUCUAAAGUUGGCUUCAUGCCCUGGGACGACUGUGCCAGCUUAGCUGCAGAUGAGGGGUCGUACUGGCCUAUGCAGAGGAAAUUGUCCUUCAGCCAUGGGAGCAGAGAGACAGAGAAGGACGAAGGUCGUGCGUGGAACGGCAGCGCCGAUGCCCUACUAAGGGUGGACAAGGAGGACCUUGGAAUGGGGUCCCGUGGAGGCCACUCCGGCAUACCGGUCCACUUCAGCAGUGCCACCAGCAGGGCGCUCGGGCUCAGUGAGUCCGUGGCUGGCGUAGACAGCAGCCCGGGUUUCAGAGCCCUGCCCAGAGUUGGUCUGCCGCUUCCCUGCCAGACUUUCCCUGCCUGUCGCAACGGAGAAGUGGGGCGGCUGGGCCGCUCCUCCUCUGCUGCUGGAGUGAGACAGGUGGGUGGAGGAGACGUCCAGAGACAGAGCAGCCUCCCAGUGCGAGAAGCCCUGAAUCAGCUGCAUGGUCUGGCCCAGCCUCAAGUGCCCUGCAGCCCCAGCAGUCCCAGUGUGUCUCGGCAGCAGCAGCAGCUUCAGCUCCACCAGCAGCAGCUGCAGUUAAAGCAGCAGCUCCAGCAGCUUCAGCAACAACACCACCUGCAGUUGCAGUUCCAGCAGCUCGCCCAGCUGGCGCAGGGACAGCCUCCUGUCAGCGGGGGCACCACCCUGUCCGCAACGCAGAGCCAGAGAGACGGUAAGCUGCUGGAAGUCAUUGAGCGUAAACGCUGCCUGUGCAAAGAGAUCAAGGCCCACAGGCGCCCCGACAAAAGCCUGUGCAAGCAGGACAGCAUGCCCAUCCUCCCCAGCUGGAGACGGACGCCUGAGCCUCGUAAGACUGGCACGCCGCCCUGCCAGAGGCCGCAGGCCGUCGUGUGGGACACAGCUAUCUGAGGUGGGAAGGCAAGACUGAGGAGAGAGGAGAUGGGUUGAAGAAGGGUCGAACAAUUUGAUGAGAGAGAAGAGUAAAAGGGGUUUAGUAACUGCUCUCAUCGUGUGAGAAGCUGAUCGGAGGACAUUAAUUGAGGUUAUUGGGAACUCUGAACUCAUUUGGUAAAAAAAUAAAUGAAUAAUAAACGCAAAAAAAGACGUGUUAAAAAAAGUGAAAAAAGGACAUAUUACAAUAAGACUAAAUGGAUCUCUUACCCGGGUGAUUUCUACUUGCUCUGUACUAUGUCCUUCUCAAUGUGUUCUAAUUGCCAAUGAUUUGUCUUGCCACGAAACACCAGUAUUGCCACAAAAUGAAGAUGCCGUCAUAAAAACGGGUGGGACGUUUUUUGUUAAAUUGAUAUUGCCAAAUUUCCUCAUGACUACUUGAGAUAAGGGAUCAUAUAUUUUCUCUAAAAAAAAGGUUGUCCAACUUAGCAUAGAAACUACUUUACAGAUGAGAAGAGACGUUGACUCGAUGAAAGUUAUUGAAGUGUUUCUUGAAAUCGUGAAUGCUUAUGAAAUGUCUUGGUAUCAAUAGAUUGUCAUUGUGGAUGCAAAUAAUCAUCACUGAGGAGUAAAAGCUACCUACUGUAUCUGUUUGCAUAUUUGUAAUGUAAAUCUAUUUACUUUCUCAACGUUUCUGCAAUUUUAUAGCAAUAUGCUCCGGGCGCUGGAGCAACAUAAUUAAAAACUUGUGUCAACUAGCCUAACAUACAUAUCCAAGA